ACGGAACUAUCUCUUGGUGACCGCUUCACCCCGUGUUGAUUGGACGGCCACCGGAUCUACACACCGUCGUACCCCCACGUUCUCUCCAAGACCUAAGAGUUUCAGGAUGGGCAGCGAAGACUCAAAAGAUAUGCUGAAGAAUGCGGACUGGAAGACAGUGAGUGGUGCAGUGACUACUGAGUCAAGUCAGCCGGUUGUCAAGAAGCGUCUUCCGAAGAAAAUCAGACAAGUCCCCGAGUGUUACUUUCUGCCUCGACGAUCUUUGCCUUCUGCAUUGGCUAUCUAUGGUGCUAUUUGUGUUGCUGGAGUUGGUGCAGGGAUGUUGGUUGAGGUUUGGAUUAAAAAAAAGAUCAAAGAGGAUGGUGGGGUUGUCUGGGAGAUGGGCAAAUGAUGUUCAUGCACUUUGAUUGGCAACAAUCUUUUUUGUCAAAACAUUUGUAGUUACUCUGCUUCACUUCUGCUGCUUAAGCUGAAUUAUGGAAAUAAGCAUAAUGAAGUCUACUGUUCCAGACUAUCUUUCGACUUGCUGACCAAAGCCACCGAACUAUGUUUUCCAAUGAUCUCUAGUGGUCAUUUUGUUAGGAUUGCCAGUACUGCACUGGUAACAAUUAUUUGAAUUUUUUUUGUCCGUAGUUGCAUGUUGUGAUGGAAAUAUUAUAUCGUGAUUGAUGAUUAAUGUAUAUCUGA